AAAGAUGAAAACAAAAGAAUUAGAGGAUGAAGUUCCGAAGCAGAAACAGGAAAUGUGGCAACAGAAGUUUGAGGACCAGAAACAGAGUUAUGAGAUGACCCUUCAGAAGCUAAUGGAGAAAUUGGAGGAAGAAAGGAAACAGAUCCUGGAAGAGCAGGAGAAAAUGAUCCAAAGGACACUGAAGGAGGAAUUGGCCGCUUUUGGCUGCUGCUGCUGCUGUAAAAAAUCCGUGAGAGGAGCGCAGGAAGAAAAAGAUCACGGAGGGCUGCCAAGAGAGUUGUCGAGCGAUCCAUUGAUUUCUUUGGAAAGACGCUGCAUCUCCUCCUCCAAAGCCAGGAUGGAAGCUCCGGUGUGCCUGAUUGAGAACAGGAAAAAUCGCCUCCAUGUUUCUCCGGAGGCCUUUCAGUUGCUCUCAGACAUCCGGCAGCCGGUGGUGGUGGUGUCCAUCGUGGGACUGUAUCGCACGGGCAAGUCCUACCUGAUGAACAAGCUAGCUGGCAAAAAUUCAGGUUUCUCUUUGGGCUCCACAGUGCAAGCAAAAACGAAAGGAAUCUGGAUGUGGUGUGUUCCCUAUCCGGACAGGCCUAACCAAACCCUUGUCUUGCUGGAUACUGAGGGGUUAGGUGACGUGGAAAAGGGUAGUUCUCAAAAUGAUACCUGGAUCUUCGCUUUGGCCGUGUUGUUGAGCAGCACCUUGGUCUACAACAGUGUGGGGACCAUUGAUCAGACUGCCCUAGACAAGCUUCAUUUUGUGACAGAGCUGUCUGAACAUAUCAAGGCAAAGGCUUCCUCCAGUCCUGAAGAUACAGAUGAUUCUUCUGAAUUCGUUGGCUUCUUCCCAACAUUUGUCUGGUCCGUGCGAGAUUUUGCACUGCAGCUGGAACGGGAUGGGAAACCCAUCACGGAGGAUGAAUAUCUCGAACAUGCUCUGGAAUUAAAAAAAGGUAACAGUAAGAAGAAGCAGAUGUUCAAUCUGCCCCGGAAAUGCAUCCGACUGUUCUUCCCGACCCGGAAGUGCUUCGUCUUUGAUUGCCCUACUAAAAGUAGGAAUUUACCCUACCUGGAAAAGAUGGUGGAUAAUCAGCUGGAGCCUGAAUUUGUGGAACAAGCAAAGAAAUUCUGUUUUUAUAUCUUUGCGAUGUCCCAAGAAAAGACUCUACCAGGCGGGCACGUUGUCACCGGCAACU